GCAUUUUCCAAAUUCAUGCGACGAAUGCAAAGGCGGGUGAGCUACACGUCAAUCUCGAUUGAAAAAAGCUGCAGCUGCUGAUUGGAACUUUGUGUACAAUUGCUGAAUUUUUAAAAUUUCACUUCUGAGACUGGUAACUCGCGAGACAAGAGUGAAGAAAAUUAAGAAAAAAAGAACAAAGUACAAUUCAUUUGCUCACCGCAGCUUUAUUUUAAGUCGACACCCACACCCACCCUUCACCCUUUAACAUGUCUUUCCUAAGUAUCCACUUCCCACGGUGGGUGUGGUCGGAGGUCUGUUUCAGAAUUUUUAUAUUCGUCAUUUUUCUAAUUACCGAAGAAUUAUCACCUUAUCAUCGUGUUAUACAACCGGAAGAGGCUUGGUUGUACAGAUUUCCAAAUAAAGUGUCUAUUGUUCCUUCUCAAUUGCUUUGGUUAAUUCUUGUCAUUGCCACCUUAACUGUGAUAGCUGUAGUUUUUGCGUAUAACAAUGAUCUCAAUCUUGCCAUUUGUGCUAUUGGAGUUCCUACACUUGCACUUCCGUUAAAUGGAAUCAUUACCAAUAUAAUUAAAGUAACCGUCGGAAGACCACGACCUGAUUAUUUGGAAAGGUGCUAUGGGCCUGAGUACUUAACUAUAACAGAGUAUACAAGACCCUGUAUCGGAGCCGCAACCUUAGUUCUUGAUGGAAGAAAAAGUUUUCCUAGCGGGCAUUCGUCAAUGAGCUUUUGCGGAUUCGGGUUCCUCUUCCUGUACAUUGCUGCUCAAUUAAAAACUUUCAGUACAGGACGUGGCCACACCCCCUCUUUUAUCUUAACGCUUAUCACAUUGCUAGCACCAACUCUGGUUGCAAUCAGCCGUUUUGAUGAUUACCACCACCACUAUCAAGACAUUAUUGUUGGUUCUCUCCUCGGUUUCUGCGUAGUUUACGCUAUAUAUCGCCAAUAUUUCCCAAGCUUGGGUGACCCCACUUGCGACAAACCAGACGUUCCUUUUUCGGGGUAUGAACAAGGUGCUGGAGAAGCUAGACUUUACGGACGGAGGACUUUGUCUUCACUAGAGAAUCCGAAUUGUAUUAAAACCGUGUAACAGAAAAACAUUUCAACUCUACAAUAACACAUGUCUCAGGAUCAGGAUAAUUUUCAACUUUUAAUGCAGGAAACCAAAGACUUUUGAAACUAUAAUGUCCGAUUAUUUUAAUAAUCCCAGAAACUAAAACAAUGCAAUUACACACAAGACUACACCCUACAUAUAUUUACAUGAAUAUUUUUAGUCAUUGCCUAAGUUAUAAACAAAAUUAGUAUUUUCAUACUUCUGUAUUUUAUUAUGUACACAUCGAUUUUACACUUCAUUCCAUAAUAAUCAUUUCCAAAGUUUUAAUAACCAAUUUAUUAUUCUAAUUUUAUCGUAUUAUGCAUUGUGAUCCAUGAAAAGAAUGCAACACGAAUUACAAUCUCAAUUACAAAUUUACCCUGAUUUAUCUUAUCAUGCACGCACGCACAGUAAUAUUCAAUUAAUUUACUGUUACUAAUUUUAUCCUAUUUAGAGCAGAAUGCAGAUCUGGAUCGUGUAAAUGUAUGUAUAUGCAUAGUAAAAAAUAAUAAAAAUAUUCACAAAUGCACGGUGCAUAAUAAACACAUACAUAGAGAAUGGUA